AUGGACCUUAGCAUGGAUCUCAAGACGAUCCCCAACGCAGAGGAUGGCGUGGCCAUGACGCCGCCACUGCUCAAUGACAGCGUCAUGCCCUACAUGACGCCGUCAAACUUCCUGGCGUGGAUGCGCUGGAAGCUGGAAACCCCUGCCUGGGUGCUACAGGCUUUUGAAGAGCUAGUACGCGAUAGAGCUCAACAGGAUCUCCCAGUGAACCUGCAAUACUACCAAAAUAUGAUGGAACGCUUCAGAAACCACUCUGAUUGGGUCUCCAUGAGGCCGGCUCUCGAGAACAAGACGGUCCUCCGUCAAGCAGUGGUUCCCCACAGCACACCGGGCGACGAUCCAGCUUACUAUGAGUACGACAAGAAAACCUUCUUGUUGCCUAUGGUGGACCAGAAGCAAUUUAGUCCUUGGGGUCUCGAUCCUCAACGAUUCAUCGAGGCUAUGUUAUUGGCUAAUCCAGGUCGAAUCAAAGAACUGUCAACAAGCCAGAUAAUUCAAGCAGCGGGAAAAUUCGCCAAGCUACGUUUCCCAGGGGCAAAUUUAGGUCUGGAUCAGCAGUUCAUAAAGCAGGUAAGGGAUAAAGUAGGUGUGGGGAUUGUUUUUGCAGCUUACAAAGUCCAGUUCGGCACCUCAGAUGGACUGGCGGCCCUUUUGAAGCAUGAAAACGAACGACGUGCCAUCAUAGCUGAAGACCGAGCUUCCAUACGCACUCUCACGAGGAAUCCGGCGGCCUUGACGAAUGAGCUACAGCGUCACUGGUCUGGGAUGUUUGGCAAGGCUAGGAAGAGUGAGAAGGAGAUAUACCAGGGCGUGAUAAAACGCGAAAAAGAGAUAAUCCACGGCAAGCCCAGGCAAGAUCCGUACCAGCCUGGUGUGAUAUCGACCGAUCGAAGUCACGAUAUCUUGCGAGCGCAUCCCCUUCCAGAGCCACAUCGGGCGAGGUUGGCUUCUAGUGGUAUGGCAUUGAUCGUGUCUUUAGCGUCUCUGGAAGAGCAAGCGGUUUCCGUGACCGCAACGCAUUUCCACAUCCACGAGACUGAGCCCGAACAUAAGCAUAUUUGGGUCAAAUUAGAGCUUCUGGCAGCGUUCCACCCAGCUGUUGUUAUACCCUUCGACAAUGUAACCAUUAAGGAACGGGCACUUGCGCAGCUCCAGCACUCAUCCAGAUUCGACUUUCUAGAAGAGAAAGGCCUGCAGCUUGAUGCAUACACCUUGCGAGAAGACAUAGCCAAGGAGCCGACCUUCAUGCUGGGCUCUGGGCCACUGAGAACUCUGGCUUUGCUCGACGAAUCCUUGAGAGCUUUCUUUUGGUACAAGGGUUAUAUCUCAAAUCGAGACCUCAUUACUAAGCAUGUCCGCGGUAUAACUGAAAGAAAGGUCGUGAUUCGAAACAAUCGUGGUUUCGAUUGGGUACAGAAAUGCACCGUGACCAAAGCUGGCAAUGGAGACCAGAAUAUUCCCGCAGAAUCAGUGGAAAAGUGCUCUAUCUGCCUUGGAUCUCGAUCUCGUCUGCCGCUCGUUCGUGAGAACGUUGAACCCAACGAUCGGGACAUUCCCAGGCAAGUUCCAAAGUUUCCAGAUUACUUACGCUCGGUAUCUGCCUCCAAAAUGCCCGCUCGUAGAGGUGUUGUGCCGAAUGACAGGAACGCCCCCAAGUACGCUCCAGUAAAUCAAGAUAAAGUGCGUCCAGUGGCACCGCUUCCAGCGCCACUUGCUUCAGAUCUAGUUAGGAAUGACGCAAAAGCUCCCACGCAUAUCCCAAAGACACAACUCCCAGCAAAUGCUGCCGGCAUUUUUCAACCAAUCGUUCUUGCGAAUACGGUGGCCAACGAUGACCGGGGUCCCAUUUCUGACACGCAUACUCAUCGCCACGCGCGCUCGAAGGAUGCGUUCCAAACCCCCGCUCGUGCUAGUAAUGCGCCCAGGGGUGUCAAAGCGCCUAGCCGCAAGGUAAAUACUUGA